AUGAGAUCAUUAAUCAAAGAACUCAAGCGUGUUUCCACUUCCCACACACCUAUCAUUAGAGCUCUAAUGUCUGCAGAUAUUCAUAUAUUCAUCGAUCACCUGAUAGUGUUACGCUCUGACUAUAUCAGAAACAUACAAGAUUCAAACUUUAAAGAAUCAUUGAUGAAAGAAUCAAAGGUUGCAGCAGAGAAUCUGUGCUUCGCACCAAUGGCAAUUUUAGAUAAACACCCCCUUCUACAACAGCGUGGCGUGCAACAAGAGGCACUUGAACAACAAAUACCUCAACACUUAUUAAAAUACUUUACCAAUCAAUCUGAUGAUAGUAAAGGUGCAAUGAUAAAGAAAGUAAAAGAAUAUGAAAGUGACAAGAUAGAAAGGAUUACUCGUCGUGCAGACAAACAGAAACAACAUGAUGAAUUAUUAGUAAAUAUGGCGUUGACUGAAAAGAGAAUGGCAAAUAUGGAUGCUAAUUUAAUCAAAUCACAACUAGAGCGUUUUAUGGAGGAACACCAACAGCGUGGCGUGCAGCAAGAUGCACUAGAGCAGCAACGUCAACUUGAAGAACAACUAAAUCAAGAGAUCAACAAGGUAAGAGAAGCAGAGGAGAAGAUCAUUUCAUUAAAGGAGAAAUCAGAGGAAGAUCAACAAAGAUUCAAUCAAGAUAUUGAAAAGAUAAGAAGAGAGGCGAAAGAAGAGGUUGAAAGAAAUAAUGUAAAAGAUUUGAUUGCUAAAUUCAUAGAGGAUAAGAAGAUUAAUAUCAGCUUUUUACCACCAAGAUCAAGAGCAACAACUAAUAGAUUUGUACCCUUUGAUGAUGGAAGUACACCAACACAGAAGAAUAAAAUAAUUAAAAAGAACAAUGAGGAAUUUGGUCAACAAUUGUACAACUUAAGAGAUCAUUUAACAUCAGCAGAUACAACUAAAUUGUUACAAGAAAAAGAUGGAACACAAACCUGCAGAAGAAAGAAAUGA